AAGCACGCGUGUUGUUGGAUGCAGCUUGUCCGAGAAACACAACGCAAGAACAGCCCACGACGAACUGUUGCUGUGUUCGAUGCUGUCGGUUGUGGUUCCCCCCUCAUCCCUUCCACCUUCUCGUUCCACCUUCUUGUUCCAUCCCUCCUUCACCCCACCAACGACAACAACAACAACAACACAUAUCGAAACAGCGGCAGCUACACGCACACACCAUUGCUUCAUCGUCCAUCCAGCGAGCGUGAAGCAAUCCAUCAAUCCAUCAACCAACCAAACCAUCAACCAACCAACCAACCACACACGACGUCCACACGCACACUCACACACAAGCGCACUCACAUCACCACACGACGCGUGCACAUACGUAAGAAAACAGUGACAUUUUACACCGACACCCGCCUUCCCUCCCACCUUUGACCGGCAGCCACCAUGUCUGGAGCAGGCAAGGGCGUCUUGGCCAAGGUCAAGGCGCUGCUGAGCAAGGCCAAGGUGGCAUUUGCCAACGGCACCAACAGCUCAGCACCAAACGCCUCCACCGCUGCGGGAGCAAGCGCACCAACAGCAACGCCGACAGCGACCACCGCCGCCCUCGCCACAAACAACACACCGUCGUCCUCGUCGCCUCCCUCGCCCAUCGCACAUGACACGGUCCUCGCCUCUGUCACCGCGCCUAAGCCAACCAUGAACUCAGCCGCGCUCGUCAAGGGCGGCACGGCAGCGCUCCCGCCCUCUCCACAGGCCACCCUCCACACCAUCGCCGCAGCCACCAGUACCGCAACAGCAGCAGCAGCAGCGGCAGCAGCAACCUCAUCUAACCAUACCGUGCGUUCGGUGCUCAUGCCUGGCAGCACCAGCACACAGCACCAGCAGCAACAACAACCCCAGCAACAGGAUCAGUGGUUGUCUGGUGUCUCCGUCGAUGAUGACCUGGAGCACGCAUCAACAGCACCCAUGACAACUACAGGCGUGACAACGACAGGGGUUGAUGAUGGGGCGCCCGCCAUGUUUGCACCGCCAUCACAGGUCUGGCACAAGCCUACCAUCCAGCAUGACGGCGCCGCCGGCAGCACCCUUGCCCACUUCAUGGGUGCUGCGCCACCGCCAGCGCGCCAGCACCCCGUCGAUGCCAAGUUGGAGGAGGUGCAGAAGCAAGUGGAGGUGCCCAAGGAGCACCCUGCAGCGCGCAGUCCGUUUGCGGUGCUGCUGCGGGACGUGAUGGCGGGCUCGUGCUCGGGCGUUGCCAUCACGCUCGUCGGCCAUCCGUUGGACACGGUCAAGACGCGGCUGCAGGCGCAGUCCACGCAUCGCAUGUACACGGGCACGCUCGACUGCAUCAAGCAGACGCUCAAGAACGAGGGCGUCGCAGGCUUCUACAAGGGCGCUGCGUCGCCGCUGUGCAUGUAUGUGCUGUACUGCUCGGUGUACUAUUCGUCGUACAUCCAAGCGCGCCGGGUGUUUGGCAUCCCGGACCGUUCAGUCCCCGCCCCGGCCCACCUUAUGCUCGCCUCCUCCGCUGUUACCGGUAUCUGCACAUCGUUUGUUCGCACGCCCAUGGACCUCCUCAAGACAAAGGCGCAGACGCUCCACUUUUCAACGGAAGCGACAGCACCAGCAGCGUCAGCAUCGUCGUUGUCGUCGGGGGCUGCGUCGACGUCCUCGCAUCCACGACACGUGGCCACAUGUACAACUGCAGCAGAGGGCAAAGCCCGCGUCCCAGGCACGCUGCGCAUUGGCAUUGAGAUGACGCGGCAGUUUGGGCCCACCGCCCUCUUCCAAGGGUUUGUCCCCACGCUCGCCCGUCAGGUGGUGGGCGCAUUCGCCUGGUUCUUCCCCUACGAGUAUCUCAAGCAGCGCGUGGGUGACGGCCCUGCCUCUGUGUUCCUGUGCGGCGGGCUCGCGUCGUGGGUGUACUGGACGGCGGUGUAUCCGAUUGACUCGGUCAAGACGCGGAUUCAGGCCGACACCGCCGACCCGGCCACCCGCCGGUAUACGGGCUGGACGCAGUGCUUCAAGCACAUGCUCAGGUUUGAGGGCCCUCGCUCGUUCUUCGGCGGCUUUACGGCGUGCAUGCUGCGCGCAUUCCCCGCCAACGCCGUCGGUAUCCUUGCAUACGAGCUCGCGAGCAAGACCAUCGACCAGCGCAUCAUAAUGGAGUCGUGAAGUGUUGAUGCAUGGAUAUCUGACGUAUGGAUGAUGUUGAUUGAGGAGUAGCAUGUAUGAUGAGGAAUAGGCAACUUGCACACGUGUUGGCGUGCGUCAGGCCCUGCAUUCGUGUAUGCCCGCUGUGCAUACAUGCAUGCUCGAAGCAAGGCAUAGAAACACAUGACGGUUUCAACCCGCUCCAGACUCCACUGCUGCUCCCCCUCCCCCCCCCCCCUCUCUCUCUCUGCACGACCCGUUCCCAUGAAUCACCCCAGGCCAAUUCCUUUUAGCCAAUGCCCCCUCCACACCCCUCCACUUCCGAUCGCCUGCAAAGGCGUCUGUAUUGAACCCCACUUUGUUCAUUCAUAGCUCGGCGUGUUUGUUUGCGCACGUUUUGAGGCUUUGCUUUUUGUUUCGUUGCUUCCUCCUCCCUUUGGUCCCCUAAGCUGACAACCCGACCCCUUUACAGUCUUGACUCGCCCUUGUAAUCGAACAUGCUGUGUUGCCAUGUUGCCAAGUGCCACACUUUGACUCUUCCUUUUUUCUGUCGGAUUUCGCAGCCGCAUUCCGCUGUUUGUGGUGGUGGCAUGCGCUCAUUCCUGCGGCCGCCUGUUCAUAGCCAGCGCGUUUGCUGUCAUUGCGUUGCGUCCACUGUCUUACAACCCCUUCCCUUAACAACCCCCCCCCCUUCCUUUCCCCCUCUGUUCUAAACUCGUGGCUGUUCCUCUGCGUAUGUCGCGUGUGCACCUUGUGUGCUCUAUUUUAUCACGUGCGCCGUGACUGCGUAUUUCUUCCCCAACCACCGCUUGCAUAAACACACACACACACCGAUAAGCACACCAGCACGAACCCCC